UUCGAAGAACUUACAGAGAUUACGCAUUAGAUUGACCUCUUCUUAUUAAAUUACUACACUAAUAACAUAAUCGUUUUAUAUUUAGUGUGGUUCAGUUCAGUGUCUUGUCAAGUGAGUUAAAGAUGAGGUCUGUUCUAUUCGUUAUUUUCGUUCUUUUUGGAAUUUCAUAUGCUCAACUAGAUGUAGAAAAUUUAGAUACCAUUGACGAUUCUGUGCUCAGGGAAAAAUGUGAUUCAAGGGGAGGAAAGGGAACCUACGCUAAUGUACAGACCGCGAGGGACAACCUACAAACAUGCAUAGAAGACUUAGUGGACCUGGACACGAUCAAAAAAGAGAUCGAAGAAUCGAAAAAGACCGGCUCUAUGGACGAAGUUUUCGGAAAAUACUGCAAAAAACGCCCGGAAUUCAAGAAAUGCGUCGAUAAAUUCUUGGAAAAACUGAAAUUGUGUUUGAUCGAUGACGAGAGGAAAAACUUAGAAACUGUUUUGAAUUUGAUCAAGGAGCUUGGAGAGUUCGCCUGUUACAAAGAUGGAGACAGAAUAGCCAUGUUUGUCGCUGAGGAAGGACCGGAGUGCAUCAAAGCUCACGUUGAAGGAAUCAAAACUUGCGUCAAUAACACCCUGAAGCUGUCCACUACAAGCACAGUGGAUUCCCUCCCUAGUUUCCUCAAUGCUACCAAAGUGUGCGAUGAUCUCGCUAAAAUACAACCCUGUAUCGUGACCGAGCUAGAAAUUUGCGAUAAUACAACCCCUGCCAAUGUCGUGGACUCAGUUUUCCGGUUCAUAAGAAAGAGGGCUUGCAAGACUGGAAAACAGAGAAGAAGUAUCAUAACUAAAAGAUCUUUACCGAUUGCGCCAAGCUAUUUGAAAAAACUCAUCAAUACUUAUGUCAAAUUUGCGAAGUCGAAAUGUAAAGGAGAGGAAGAACUUCAGAAGUUGGAAGAAGCACUGACAAAAACGGAGCAGUGCGUCGUAGAUAGCGCAUAUCAUAAUGCAUUAUCACUUUUCAAUCCUCGGAAAGUCAAAGAAGAUGUCUUAAAUUGUACCACAGAUUUCGUAAAAGCUUCAGAGAAUUGCUUACCUGAAGACGAAAAGUAUUUUCCCCAGCUUUCGAUGGACUUAAUGGGUGGACUGAUAGAUUUGAGCUUAAAAUACAAACGAAACAUAACUACAUCAUCUUGGAAUCCGGAGGUCCAGCAGUGUUUCCAAAGUUUGAAAUAUCAAAGCAACAAACAGACUUUAAAGAAAUGCUUCGAAGGAGACGUGACGCAGAGCAAAUUGGGAAAUUCGAAGGAAUAUAUUUGCGAGCAACUCCAUGAGUUUAAAACAUGCGUAACAGACGCUAUCACAUCCAUUUGCGUGCAAGGUAUUUCAGUGGAUGAAUUCAAGGAGGAAUUUGAGAAUCUAUUCAAGAAGCCUUGUGAGAGUAUAUCGAGUGAAUAAACUGUUGUGUCUGUUGUUCAUAUUUUGUUGAAAUAAAUUCUUCAGGAACUUGAUAUUUUCAAGUUUUGAAACAGUAUCUGAA